GUUACGUAAAAAUGGAACCGACACGCAGAAAACUAUGUCCGAGUCUCCGUACCAACUCUCUUCUUCUUCUUCUUUCGAUCUGACCCGGUUUUACUUCUCUCUUAAUCGAAUCAAUUGGUUCGCAUCGCAUCUUCCAGGGGGGAACUUGAAGGUUUAGGGUUUACGAGGAGGAGGAGGAAGAAGAAACCGUGAUCUGUUUUAUAUCUAGACGAACCCAUUUUUUAAAAAAAGGAGAGAUUUUUGAUUGAUUCAUAGGACUCAAUGGACAUUCCUAGCUCUUGGGAUGAGUUACGGAAACAGGCUAGAAAGAUUGAAGCUCAGCUUGACGAGCAGAUGCAUUCAUACCGCAGACUUGUUUCCACAAAGUCUGACGGUGCAGCGAGUGAUCUCGAAGCUGGGAUUGACUUGCUUCUAAGGCAACUUCAACAAGUUAAUGCUCAGAUGCAAGCGUGGGUUUCUUCUGGUGGCUCUGAGAUGGUCUCUCAUACUUUGACUCGACAUCAGGAGAUCCUUCAAGACCUCACACAUGAGUUUUAUCGACACCGCUCCAGUCUUGAAGCAAAACAAGAGCGUGCUUCACUUCUUGAGGACUUUAAAGAAUUUGAUCGGACUAGACUAGACUUAGAAGCUGGGGAUGGGUCGUCAGAGCAAGCACUGCUCAAAGAACAUGUUGGUAUCAACCGCAAUACCUCGCAGAUGGAUGGUGUCAUUUCACAAGCUCAGGCAACGCUCGGUACACUUGUGUUUCAACGUUCAAAUUUUGGAGGUAUCAACUCAAAGCUGGGCAAUGUCACGAGUCGUCUACCCACGGUGAACACUAUUCUGUCAGCGAUAAAGAGGAAAAAGUCCAUGGAUACAAUCAUUCUUUCACUUGUUUCAGCUGUAUGCACAUUUCUCAUAUUCAUCUACUGGUUAACCAAGUAAAAUUUGUUUCGAUUCAUAUAUCUGUUAUCAUUAACGUUCUAGAAAAUAUAAUAUUUUGUGUAGAGAAAGCAAACUUCAUCCCUA